AUGACAUUGUUUCAGGUCUCGUGGGUAAGGCAUCGAGACAUUCAUCUGUUGACUGUCGGCAGCUACACUUACACGAACGACCAGCGUUUCGAAGCUAUGCACUCCCCGUACUCGGACACGUGGACCCUCAAGAUCCGCUAUGCUCAGAAAAAGGACUCCGGUACCUACGAGUGCCAAAUAUCUACCACACCACCCAUCGGACAUCUCGUAAACCUCACUGUGGUUGAACCGGUGACUGAGAUUUCCGGGGGUCCGGAUCUGUUCAUUAACAAGGACAGUACAAUAAACUUGACCUGUUUGGUCAAGUAUUCUCCCGAGCCACCGUCCGCGAUCGUUUGGAGUCACAAUCACGAGCCGAUUAACUUCGACUCGCCGCGGGGCGGAAUAAGCCUGGUCACAGAGAAGGGGCCGGUUACCUCAAGCCGGUUGCUGAUCCAGAAAGCGAUCGACAGGGACUCCGGAUUAUACACUUGCUCGCCGAGCAACACGCAUUCGAACAGCGUACGAAUUCACAUCGUCAAUGAGCAUCCAGCAGCGAUGCAUCACGGGAGCGGCGAUAGAACGGCCGCAACUUUACACAUCCUCGUUUUAUUUGUUUUAAUAAUCAUUUAGUCCAUGUUCGAUUUUCAUUCAGAAUUUUGAUCGUGAGAUUUAAAUAAUUAUCUAUCUGAAUCGGUCAGGUUUACUUGUACGGAGUUUAAAUAUAGUGACGAUGAAUUUAUUUCUUAGUAGAAAGUAUUUCUCUUUGCAGUGUGGUUUUGGUAAAAACCUUUAUUAAAUUGCUGUUUAAUUGCUUAGAUUUCUUCAUACCCUUGUUUUAGUCCAUUUCUUACAUUCGUUUCUCACUUUGGAUCUCGUUUUAAAAACACAAGAUAUAAUUAAGCUAUGACAAGACUUGCAAUUAAAUUAGAGACUUGAGACUUAUAACAAUUGUACUUUGAAUGCAAAGAAACGUGUGCGAGUGGUUGGCGUAGGUACGAGCAUUUAUCUGAUAAAGUAAGUAAUUUAAAAUUAAUACGUUCUUAAUAUUUCCGUUUACUGAAAUCGCGAAGUCAUGAACCAUCAUCACUUAUGGUUACACAAAGCGUCACGUAUGGCAUAACUAAUCAUGCAGGGUGAAGCACUAAAUAUGUCCAUUUUCAAUAUUGCCAUUAUUUGUAGUAAUACGUAAUAAAUUUCUUAAAUUCCUUUACUCCUGCAAAAAAUGUUCGUAUCACAAUCUGCCCCCCUCCCCCCUCCAUUAAACAGUGCAAGUUUUGUAUACAACAUUUUUUCGUACUACUACAGAUAAUGGCAAUAUUCAAAAUAUUCAAGGUGGACGUAGUCUGUGCUCCACCCUGUACAAUUGUCACACUUGCUUUCGCGGAGGUUAAUAAUUUCGUUACUUUGUAGAAUUGUCAGGAAACAUUGCACGGGUGAGACUUUUCCUUUAUCUGCGAUCGAUAGCCGAGUUCGCUGUUAGACCCAAGUGUCCAGCGGAUUCUAUUAAAUUUGAAAAUACGUUCGGAACGUUUAGGUCGAGAUAACGUCGCUGUCGUCACGCAGCGGCGAUCUAAUAACGAACUCGGACUCUCCCACAACUCGUGAACUUUCGUCUUGUCUCAGUCGCCCGUGCCGCGCCCGUUUCGAUACGUUUACCUCGAACGGGAUAAACGUCGGGGCGACUUUCCUCUCCCGGCCAACUUGUUAUAUUCUAUUCUCGUCGCCGGGAAAUAGAAUCAACACCAUCUAGAGAAAUGUGUAGUCUUCCGUGUUCCCCAUAAUCAAUUUAAGUACGAAUCUUCAUGUUGUUGACGAUGGAAUUUCGAGAACGAAGUUACGUGAAAUGUGUGUAUGUGCGUCGCAUAUCAGAGCUUAACCCAAAGUCGGAGUGGGAGGGUUGGGCUGAGAGCACGUAGAAAUCCAUGUUUAAAUGCCGCAAAAACUUUUACCAUUUCCUUCAUCAGAUUUCUAACCAUUUAUUCGUUUAUUCCUUUUCUUCAAAUACAUUGCGGGAAACGAAUUAUUUCGGAGCGGUACAAAGAUUCGAGAAGCUUUAUUUUUGAGAAAAGAAACAGCCAUGGAAGAUACGAGUUAAGGAGAAAAAUUGCAAGGGGAAGGGCGAAGGAAAAAACGAUUUGCUCGCGGGAUCAUUUUGAUUACAUGAUUGAUGAUGUGUAUUAACGAAAAUUCCGAAAAUAUUCAACAUGUUUAACUUUUCAUUACGAGCCCAGAUAAAAAAGUUAGGAAAAGCAAUUUUCACAUUUUCCCAUACGAUUUCUAUCAAUUUCAAUUUUUUCGAACGUUUAUUGGAAAUGGGUUAAUAAAUGAAACUUUUUUCAUUUCACUUUUUACUUUUACUUUAUUCGGACGUCUGCGCGCUAUGAAAAAUACAUUGGAAGCGAAGCAGAGCCUAACGUUCUAAAGUGUGAAACUCACGUUUAGUACUUUUUACACAGUUUUUUAUGCUGACGCGCAAUCGUGAUUACAGCUUCCUAGAUCGCGUUCUGUUCUUGGAAUGUACGGGUACUCUACAAUUCCGGCCUUAACCGAAAGGACGAAAGCAUAUUUUGUGGGUAACAUUGACAGUCUACCUUAUCGCGAGACCCUUAAGAACUCUUAUGUCUUAUAUGAAUUUAUUGCUUCGAUAACUAUAAUAAUUUUUAUAAUAAGCCGCAUUUGAUGACCUUUCUGAAGCUCGAACGCAAAGUAGGCCAAAUUUUCAUAACCGGGAAUUCCAGUAAAAUUUCUCUGUCGUCCAAUAAAAAGUAUUUUCAUGUUUGGUAAAGAUGGUUCUAAGCGAGUCA